AUGGUGGGCAUCUUAACAUACAACAUUCACUCUGGCGUUGGCACUGACGGCGCGUAUGAUUUGGAGCGGGUUGCUGGCGUCAUUAGAAGAUCCAAAGCAGAGAUCGCGUGCCUCCAAGAGGUGGAGGUUAACAAGAAACUCAAACGUGCGCGGAGAUGGUCGGUAACGCAUGCCGAUGACCAGGCGCAGGUGAUCGCCGAUGCCUGUGGCUUGGCGAACUAUGAGUUUACCCCAACUCUGAAAGCAGCCUUUCUGCAGGCCACCUGCACGGGUGGUGAAGUACUGGUUGCAUCUGAUGAAGCCUCAUACGGGCUGGCGACAUUGACAAGGUUCCCUAUUCUUGACAGACGGCGACUCAUGUUCCACCGUUGUGAUGGGGACGAGGAGGUGCUGCACAUGAAUCAACAAGAGCAGCCUCGAGGGGCUUUGGCAGUGCUUGUCGAUUUGGCCAGUGAAGAUGCUAGGCCAAUGUGGGUAGUGAACACUCACCUCUCGCACAGGAUGGCAUCUGCAGAGCAGCGUCGGCAGGCGGAAGAGUUGUUGGCCUGGAUCGAAGAGCUUCGUCAUGUGCCAAUUCCAGAGGACUUGGAAAGGCCAACAUUCUUGCUAGCCGGCGAUCUGAAUUCCUCCUUCUACAUGCCGUUCUCCGGGUACAGUGUCAUUGUCUCAGAUUCGCGCUGGAAAGAUUUGUGGAAGGCAGCAGAAGCACCUUGCUGCUGCCAAGCCAGCUUUCCUGCCUAUGGCUGCGGCGGUUUGUUUGGGAUGAGGAUUGACCAUCUCUUUGGCCUCCGUGAUGGAGAUGCCCUCCCCAUGUGCGAGUUAGCCCACGUGCUCCGACGUACUCCUGCCGAUGAGAUGGCAUCUGACCAUUGUGCGGUUUUCGUGCAGAUGGACUUUGUGGAUGAUCCUGCCAGUGAGUCAGGACUUGAGCAGAAAGUGCUGCUGAUGUAG